GUGAGCCAAUGGUACGAGCUGGUGGUGUUCACAGCCAGCAUGGAGAUCUACGGCUGCGCCGUGGCCGACAAGCUGGACAACAACCGCAGCAUCCUCAACCGGCGCUACUACAGACAGCACUGCACGCUGGAGCUGGGCAGUUACAUCAAGGACCUUUCGGUGGUUCAUGGAGACCUUUCCAGCAUCGUCAUCCUCGACAACUCGCCUGGCGCCUACCGCAGCCACCCGGAUAACGCCAUCCCCAUCAAGUCGUGGUUCAGCGACCCCAGCGACACGGCGCUGCUCAACCUGCUGCCCAUGCUGGAUGCACUCAGGUUCACGGCCGACGUCCGCUCUGUGCUGAGCCGAAAUCUCCACCAGCACCGCCUCUGGUGACAGCGGCCCCCGCGAGGCCACGCCCCCUCCAGCGAGGCCACGCCCCCUCCUAACGUGGAAGCAUCUGCGAGGUCGCAACUCCAAACGAGGCCACGCCUUCUCCAGCGAGGCCACGCCCCCUCCAUAACGAGGAAGCAUCUACGAGGCCACGCCCUUUAGACGAGGCCACGCCCCUCCAGCGAGGCAGCAUCUCUGAGGCCACGCCUGUUCCGACUUGAGGCCCCGCCCCCACCGCGAGGCCACGCCCCCUCCUACAUCGAAAACGAAUUUGGGGGG